AUGCCAAUAACCUGGGCAUUAAAUAAUAUGGAAAAACAUCCUCGUGGAGGGCAAAAAAAAAAAAAAAAAAAUUUUUUGAAUAAUAUUUUCAACGAAAAAACGUCCAAAUAUUUAUCCUUGCCACAUUAUCAGAGAAUAAAAUUCGCUUAUUUAACAAAUGAUAAAAUAAAACAAAUAAAAUCGCAAAAAUAUAAAAAUUGCACACUAAAUGAGUCUACUCACAAUGGAAAACUCAAAAAUAAUUGUUUUAUAAAAAUUAAAAAAACAAAUAAUGAUUUAUCUAAAAAAAUAUAUCUAAUAAAUAAUUUGAAUUAUAAAAAUAUUUUAAAAAUAUAUAAAACCAAAAAACGAGGAAAUAAUAGAAUAAAAAUCAGUACAAAAAGGAAACUAAAACAUGUAGGUAAUUCAAGGAUAAAUGGGAUAAUAAAAAAACAAAAAAACAACAUUUCCCGAAAUAAUAUUAAAAAUUCACAUAAAAAAAUAAAUUAUAUAGAUAUGUUUUGUCAAAUUAAUAAAGACCCCAAAAAGGCCUUUAAGGCUAAUGGUAACAAUAAUAAGGAUAAUCCUAUCCAGAGGAAUGAAAAAAACAACGCUAUAUAUGCAUUCUACAUAAAUGCUAAAAAACGCAUGCAAAUAAAAAAUACGGCAACAAACUCAGAAUUGUUAUGUAAUAAAAACUGUAAGAAUAUAUAUUAUAUCAAAAGAAAUAGUGUUACAGAAUUAACUAAUUCCAGUGUGCAUGAACAGGACCAAACCAAUUUAAAUGCUCUUCUCCAACAAGUUAAUGGUACAAGGAAUAUGUGUUUCCGUCAGAAUGAUGGGAAUCGUCAAAGCGAUGACAAUCAUAAUGAAAUUAAUAAAAACAUCAAUAAAAUACAAUCUGAUGAUAAUAAUAAAGGGGGAAACGAUGAAAAUGCAUUUAAUCAUGAUAAAAUAGACAACACCAACAACGAGGGAAACCAUAAUGGAAGCAACACUAAUGGUGGUGGAAAUAACAACGAUGGGAAUAACAACGAUGGAAAUAAUAACGAUGGAAAAAAUAACGAUGGGAAUAAUAACGAUGGGAAUAAUAGCAACGGUGAUGAUAACAAUAAGGACAGUGAUAAUGAAAAAGACAGUCAUGAUAAUGACAAGGGAAAUGAGAGUGAAAGCAGUGAAGAAGGAAAUGAUAAAAUAAAAAAAAGAAAAUCUGCAAGUGUUAGAUCAAAUAGUACUGCAUAUUCGAGCGUAAAAAGCGAAAAUUCAAAAAGCAAUUAUGGAAAAAGAAAAAUAGUAAAAUCAUCAUCAGCAUCUUAUGAAAAUGAUUCUAUAAUAUUUAAUUCUUUUUAUGAUGAAAUGUCCUGUUUUUAUCCAAAUAAUUCAAAUAGCUUUAUUUGUAGUAGUAGUGACACGGAUAAUAAGGAAAAAUACGAAAAAAUAUGUUCAUACGAAAAAGGGAAAGAAAGAAAAAAAUGGAAAGAAGUUGAGAGAAAUAUGAACGAUGAAGCAGAAGAUGAAGAUAGACAUCGAUUAAAUUAUAUAGAAAAUAUACCGAAUAAUGGUAGGGUAGUAUAUACUAAUGAUAUUAAUAACAAUGGUAAUGUAAAAGCAAAUGAUAAAAUAAAAGAAGGAAUAGAGAAACAGAACAUGACCUAUUUUACAAGAAGAAAGAAAGAGUACGAAAAUAGGAAAAGAAUUGCUGAAAAAUUAAGAAAAAGGAUAAGAAGUGAACAAGAAAUAGAAACUAAACUAAGAGGUAACAAUAUUGACACUAAGGAUAAACAUAUAGAGAAGGAUACCAAUAUAGCAAAAAUGGUGAAGAAAAAAGCACACAUUGGCGAAAUUCAUCCCAAAUGGUGUUUUCCGAAAUGUAGAAGAAAUUCUUUAGAAAAAUAUCAUCGAAUUAAAGAAAAAAGGGAUAGUUUAAAUUUAAAUAAUAAAAUCGAUAUAUCAGAGAAAAGGAAUGAAAAUAUUUUUUCAUACAGUGAAUAUAAUAUGCUUUUACUUAAAAAAACACGGGAAAAUAAGAAUGAUAAUCCGAGCAAAAAUGAUAUAAUUUACCAUAUAAAUACAAUUACGAAUGUUAAUAAAAAAAUGAAAGUUGUGAUUAUUGGUGGUGGAAUGUCUGGGUUAUCAGCUGCAUAUAUAUUACAGAAUAAUAAUAUAGAUGUUGUUAUAUAUGAAGCACGAAAUCGAUUAGGUGGCAAAUAUUUAUAUUCCCCCAAAAGUUAUAAAAAAUCCUUUUUAGGUGAAGUUGAUUUUUAUGUCAAUCGGAAUAAUCCCUUAAUAAACUUUUGUUUAAAAAAAAAUAUUUAUAAUAAUAAUAUAAAUAGCCAUUUAUACAAGCAUUAUAUAUAUUAUAAUAAUAAAAAAAUAUAUACGUACAAAAUGAGAAAUGAAUUUUUUAAACUCAUAAAAAAAUUGAGAAGUUUUUAUGAGCAUAUAUCUAAUACUAAAUAUUUUAAUGAUCCAAUUAUAAAAAAGCAGUUUUUAUAUGCAUCUUUUGGAGAAGUUAUAAAUUCAGAAAUUAAUAAAAUAAAAGAACAAAAACACCAAAUAAAAAAAAAGAAGCAUUUUAAAACAUAUAUAUAUGUAAAAUUAUAUAUGUCACUAAUAGAAUCGGUUUGUGGAAUUAAGAUAUACUCAUUAUCGAUACAAUAUAUAUUCCACAAUUUGCAUUAUUUAGAUAUUUUUAAAAAUAUAUGUUGCACAUUUGAGUUGUCAAAAAUAAUUAAAAAAUUAAAAAAAAAUGUUAAAAUUAAAAAAAAUAAAAUUGUCAAUAAGAUAUACUCAUACAACGACCAUAUUAAGUUAAGUUUUGAAAAUUAUGUAGACACCAGAUUAUAUGACUAUUGUAUUGUUACAGUUCCAAUAGGAGUUUUGAAAGAUAGUAUAAAAUUUUAUGAUGGAGAAGGAGGACAAAAAAAAGAGUGCAAAAACGAGAAGAAAGAUAGUAGUAAAAAAGUAGAUUUAGACAAUUGUAAAAAAAGACAUAUGAAUAUUAAAGAUCAAAAGAAUGAUACUCCUUAUGGUGAAGAUGACCCAAAAAAUUCGAUUAAAAAUAAUAAUGUAAAAGAAGGAGAUGAAAUAGAUGAAAAAAGAAAAAAAAAACAUGAAAUUGCCACUACAACUUCAUGCCAUGAUGCCAAGAAAAAUAGCAAAGAUUCAGUUUCUGAUUAUCAUGAUGCCGAUGAUGUUUCAAAUAUAAAAAGUAGAAAAAUAAAAUGUAAAGAUUUACCCAAUCCGAAAAAAGAAACUUCUGAAAAUCAUGAAAAUGUACCAUUUAUUAAUACGGAAAAAGAAAAGACUGCUAUAAAUAAAGGAGCAGAUUACCAAACAAAUGAAAGUAGUAAUAAUUUGCAAAGUAUGAGUGAUGACUUUAUAAGAAAUAUCGAAGUAACGACAAACGAAAAUAAAAGUGUUAAUAAUUUAUUCAGCUCAAUCAGUGCCAGUUUAUAUACAUCACCGGGAAAAAAUGUAUCAUCCACAAAUAAUAAUGGGUAUGGCGGAAAUAAUGAAAAUGAUGAAAAUAUAUUCAGUAGUGACAACGAAUUUAAUCAUAAUAAAAAUAACGAUACGAACUGUUCAAUAAGCACAAAAAGCAACCAAAAUGUGAAUAUAUCAAAUAACUACAUUUUCGAUAAUAAUAUGAUUGGUAAUGUAAACAAAAGCGAUACCAUGGAAAACAAGCCUAGCAAAGAAUGCCUAAAAAAACCCAAAUGUGCCGAAAGCAAUACACAUUUUAAUUAUAAAAAUGAAAAAGGGAAUAAACAUAGUAAUCAUAAUAAUACUGGGGAAAUGGUAGAAAUAAAUAAUAUAAUAGAAUCAUUUGAAAAGGAAAAUAGGUACGAUCAAUUGGGCAACAAAAUCAAUACUGAGAAAAUGAGUUUCAAUACAAGCAGCAAAUAUUUGCCCAAUGAUAAUAACAAUAAUAAUCAUAAUAAAUAUUAUAGUGACAAGAAUAACAAUACGGAAGAAAACAUAAACAAUAAGGUUGUUUUUUCUUCAAAUAAUUCCAAAAUAAAGAAGCAAAUGCAUAAUGGAAAAGUUAAUGACAUUGGUACCAACACCAUUGAUUGUAAUGCACCAGAGGACAAAAAAGGCAAGAAGGAGAAUAAGGACGACGAUAAAAAUAAAGCGGAAAAAAAAUUGGAGAAAAAAUUGGAGAAAAAAGGAAAUGUCAUGAAAGACAGAUCGAAAAAAAGUAACCAUAUUGGAUUAAUAGAAUUCAUUCCCAAAUUACCUGAUUGGAAAAUCAAUAGUAUAAAAAGAUUGGGCGUUUCAACAAAUAAUAAAAUUAUUAUUACUCUUAAGAAAAGAAUUGUAAAAAGUGAUCAAAAUGUUACUAUAUACUUUAACCAAGACAAAAAAAAUAGCAAUACAUAUACUAUGAAAAAUACGACCGAAAGAAAUUUAUUAAAAAAUGAUGCAAAUGUGAAUUUAUUUACUAAUGAUGAUAAUGAAAAGCCUAGUAUUACUAAAUUAUAUGCACAAAAUGAUAAAGAUAAUGCCCCCUACUUUUUUGACCCGAAUUCUUUUCUUAAUGAUCAGAAAAUACCUGACCAGUCAAUAAUACAAGAAAAUGACAAAAAAAAUUUGGAUAAUUUAAAAUCUUCGAAAACAGAAGAUUGUAUAAACUGUUUAAAUGAAUUAUUUUCAUUUAACAAUAGUAAAAACAACAGUAAUGAAAAGGAGCAAGAUAAUUUAUCUCCAUGCUUGAAGAAUCUAGAAUCCAAGACAACUGAAUCAAAUGUGCAUUCAUUUGAACAGUUAAUGAGUACAGAUAAUACAAACAAUAAUAAUGAAAUAAAAGAUGAAGUAAGAGAAUGGAACAAGUCUAUGCAAUGCAAAAAUGUGAAUGAAAAAGCGAAUGAAGCAGAUGAUACAAUCACAUCUCGAUAUAAUUGCACAAAUGUAGUGAAUAACCAAAGAAAUUUCCCCAAAGAAAGCAGUUUAAUAAAAUAUCUAAAACAGGAGCAUUUAUUAGAUGAUAAUGAUAAAGAGCAUAAAAUGUGUUAUACUAAUGAAAUGUGUAUGAACAAAUAUAGCCAUAUAAUUUUUUAUAGCGCAGAACCUAUAAUAGCGUUAUAUUUUAAAAGUAAAUAUAGUAAAGAAGUAAAUAAAAUUAAAAAAAAAGACAUGAAGAAGAAAAAAGUUAUCAAUGAUUGUGCAUAUUUUUUAAAAAAUAUGAUACCUCAAAUACAAAUUGAUAAAAUAUAUUUUUAUGAUUGGACUAAUAAUAAAUUUUCAAGAGGAUUAAAUUCAUAUUUUAAAAAAAAAAGUUUAAUAAUAGAUAAAGAUAUUAUAUCCUUUCCAGUAAAUAGAUUACUUUUUGCUGGUGAGCAUACACAUAGUAAUGGUUGUAAUUCAAUAGUAGAUUCUUAUUUAAGUGGUAAAAGAGAAGCUUAUCGAAUAAUUGAAAAAGUAAAUAAAACGAUAUAUAUGGAUAAAUUGACAAAAUGUUUUUAUACUAGAGAGGAAAAUUAUUCUAAUUUUAAAAAAUUUAUAGAUGAUGAUAGUUUUGCCGAUACUAAGGUAGUUCAUCCAGAUUCAUGUCAACAGAAUGUGUCUGUUUCAAUGGAAAAUAAAGGAAACUUAUCACAUAUGACUAAUUCAAUAAAUACUCAAUUAUUAUUUCCAUCUAUAAACACUUCAUUAACUGCAACAUCUUUAGCGAUUCCUUCAAUAGGAUCAGUUGUAACAUCUCCAACUGAAAAAUCAUUAGUAUCAAAAGUGGCUCCUUUUCAAUUAAUUUUAGAUCGUGAAGAGAUGGUAAAUCAUAAAGAAAUUGUGAUCAGAAAUAUAAAUACAAAUUCGUUUAUGUAUUUAUAUGAUGAUGAAGUUAUAGGACUAACAGAUAAUGAAUACGAUAGUUGGCAUGAUAAUAUCCGAUGUAUAUUUUGUAAUCAACUUCAAACAAUAAAUAACUAUUUUAUAGGAAUAAUAAGAUUAAAACAUAUAAGUGGCAAGUAUUUAAAAUAUACAUGUCAUAAAGGUUGUUUAUAUUAUAAUAAUUAUAUAUUUAAUCAUGCAUAUGGCAAUAGAUAUUUUAAUAUUAGUGUAAUGUUUAAUUAUUUAUUUCAAAAAAAAUGUUCAGUAUGUUUAAUGAAUUUUCCAUCAAUGAAAUGUAGUAUAUAUAAUUGUAAAAAUUUUGUACAUUUAAAAUGUGCUAAUAAUUAUUUAUCAUGGCCAAAUUUAGGAAAAACAAGUAGACAUGAAUCUUUAUAUUGUUAUAAGCAUCAAUACAUGCAUGGAAUAUAUCACAAUUAUUAUGAACAUGGGACAGAAUAUUAUGAUAACGAUAGCAUGCUUGACGAUGAAGAAAGAAUGCUUAGAAUUAAAAAAAAAAGAAGAAAUAUAAAAAGAAAAUUACAAAAAAUUAAACAAAUGAAAGAAAUGAAAGGAAUUAUUCAAAUUAAAGGAGUUAAAUAUAUAGGUGAAACGACUAAUCAUUUUAAUAAAUUGUGUCUAUUUAAUCAUAUUAGUGAUGGAAAUAAUAUCAGAGAUACAAAAAAUCUUAAUGGAAUUAGUAACGAAUUAAAUUACAUGGGUAAUGAUAAUCAUUAUAUGAAUGAAUUAGAAUGUAUGGAUGAAGAUAAUCGAAUGUAUCAUUUGUAUCACAUUAAUAAAAAUGCAUCUUAUUCUUUUGAUGAAGUGGAAAAUCCGUGUAGAAAAGAUUGGAACAUAAGCAAAGAAAAUUCAAAGCUAUAUGAACGAUAUCUCGCUGAAAAGAAAAGGAAAGAACAAUUAUUAUCAAAAGCGAAAAUAGAUGAAAAUGAAAAGAGCAUUACAGAUAGCGACCAAAUGAGUGAUGAUAUCACUGACGAUGGUGAAGACUAUUAUAAUGAUGUAAUAUAUUCUAGGCAGGUUGAAAAAAAACAAAAAAGCAAAAAUGGAAAGAAUUUAUGUAAUUUAUUUCAUGAUGGUAUUAUGCAAAGCAAUUGUAAAAAUUCGAUGAAGCCAAGAUAUUAUGGGAACGAUGAAAAUUUUCCAAAUUAUGCCAAUUGGGAGAACCAGAACAUAUACAAAGAAAGUUAUGAUGGAGAAAAAAUUUCAAAAUUAUGCUUAAAAGAUGAGAGACAAUUCAAAAGAUUCCGUAGUAGCAGUAUUAGCACCACUACAGCUACUAUUAGCAGUAGUAGUAGUAACAAUGUGAGAACUAUAAAAAUAGGGCAACUAACUGAUAAUAUACAUGCCAAUAUAAGUAAAUUUUUAAAAUACUACCAAAACAAGAAUAAUUCUAAUAAUAGUAACAGUAGUAGUAAUUUCUAUAGUGACAUAUCGUCUAUAUUAAAAAGUGAAAAUUAUGUAAAUAAUAAUUUGCUAAAAUAUAUAUUAAAAAAAUAUAAAGGCAUUUUUCCUUCCAUGAACACACAAUAUAAUAUGAUGUAUAAUAGUUAUCAACAUGAAAACGGGGCUGGUAAAAAUGUCGAUAAAACAUUGUUAGGAUAUAGUGAUUUUAACAAAGAUAUAUAUAGAUUAAAUCAAGAGAAAUUGAUGAAUCAUUAUUAUUUAUUCGAUGAAAAUAAUAGUGGUAAUAACAACAUUUGUGUUAACACAAAUGAGGGUUACAUAAAAAAGCAAAAUAAUAACUAUGUUGGAAUAUGUCCACCAUACCAGUAUUAUGGAAAUAAUGUGAUAGAAUAUGAUGAUAGUUCAUUUAUGAAUGGUGUUAAGAAAGAUUGUGACCAUCACAUUUUGAAUAAAGGUGCCUUAUCUUAUAAUUAUAAUGAUAACAAACUUGUUGGAUAUUCAUCAGAGGAUAAACACUCUAGAAUAUGGAAAAAUGAUAAUUAUUUAAAUGGGCGUUAUGGAAUGAAAAGGGAUUAUAAUAGUUAUUAUGAUGACGAUUUCUAUGAUAAUUAUUUUAACUAUGGAACUGAUAACUAUAUGGAUAAUUAUUAUGAGGGUAAUUAUAUGGGGGGUGUUCAAAGGUUUGAUUCUUCUUAUUAUCAAAAAUUAAAAAAUGCAAAAAAUAUAUUACACAGUAAGGAUAAUUUAUCUAUUUUAAAAAAUAUAUAUAAAAAAAAAGAAAAAGACAUAAUAAAAGAUGAUAAGAUUAGUAGUGUAAAUAUUAAUAACUAUGAAAAUAAGCAAAAUAAUAAUAGCCAAUUUCGAAAUUCAAAAAAAGAAGAUUUUGCAUAUUAUUAUAACAGAAAUAAACAAAUGAAUACGAUAGGGAAUUAUGUAAAUAGAAUGGGAUAUGAAAACGAUAUUUAUAAUGGCCAUACAUAUUAUCCAUCUGAUCAUGAAAUUUAUAGAAUUGGAAAAAAUUUUAAAGAAGGUAACAAAACUAAAAGAAGCAAAGAAUUUACUGAUAGAGGAAAUGAUGUGAGAUAUGGUUAUGGGUAUGAUACUAACAAACGAGAUAAUAUUCGAAAUGACGAAAAUAUAAAGCUAAAUCAAACAGAAAAAAUCGAAUAUAAUAAUAAAAACAUAAAUUUUGUAGAUAAACAAAAUGGAAUUCGAAUGAGAAGACGAAUAAGAAGUGACUCCAAAAUUAAUAUCAAUCACAACAGAAAUGAAGUUGGGGGUGGAGAUGGAAAACAUAAUAUUGGACAGGAAAAUAAUUACGCAUCUUAUCAAACUUAUAUCAACGAGGAUAUAUUAAAAGAUUAUUUUAAUAAAUGUGAUCAAUGCAAUUUUGAAAAUUUAAAUAAAGAGCACAUAAUUUAUAAGUUAAUAUAUAAUUAUUAUAACAACAUCAAAAAAAUGAAACCAAAUUUAAUAAACAAUAAUAAUGAUCCAUAUAAUCAAAGGAAACAAACAACAGCAUCAAUAAACAAUUUAAUAAAUGGAGCUCAAAAUAAAUAUAUAGUUAGUGAUUAUGAAAAAAAUAUAAUAGGAGGCAAACAAUUUGAUAAAAAUGAUAUGAAUAAAAUAAAUAGUGUUAUUAAUAGUGGAAAGGAAAUACCUCAAUCAUAUUUAUUGAAUGACAAAAUGUAUGAAGCUUCUCGUAAAUACAUUAAUUAUAGAAACAGAAAAGGAAUGAAUACAGGUAAAAUGCUUGACAGUGUAAAUAUCAACAUGACAAAUAAUCUUAAUAUGCAUAACAAUACUGGUUUACGACCACAAGAAUAUUCUGAAUGUCAUUUUGCAGACCCUCACAUGAAGCAAAACGACAAUAACCUAAUGGAACCAUGUUUAGAUAAAAAACGUCUGAACGAAAUAGCUGCUAACUCUUCUCGAAAUAUCAAAAAAAAAAAUGACAUGAAUGCCAUAAUAAAUACCUUGAACGAAUUUCCCGAUAUGCCAUUAUCUUAUAAAGAAGCAAUACUCAAUUCAUUUUAUAAAAGAAAAAAUAUGGGCGAUGAUGGAAUUAAUGGUUUAAGCGGUGGGGGAAUGAUAAGUGGAAGUGCAGCUGAUAGCACAGUUUCUGAUCCAGUGAGUAAUGAAGAACCUAAUGGGAAUUUGUAUAAAACUUUAUAUGGGAAAGAAGUCGAAAAAAAUCAAGGAACUAUGAUGAACAAACAAAAGAUUUGCCAAUUAUUAAGAGCUAUUGAUUUAAAAAAAAAAGAUGUAGUUGAUUAUAAAAAAUUAGAACUAUUAUAUAAAAUAUACUUUGAAAAUAAUAAUGCUAAUUUGGAUAGCAAUAAUAAUAAUGUGAAUAGCAACGUGAAUAGUAACAGCAACAAUGGUAUAAACCCAAAGUGGAAAAAUCCAAAUCAGCAAAUAAUUCAAAAUAAAUUGCUAGAAAAUUAUUAUCAAGGGCUUAGCGGGAAUUUGCAGCAAACUGAAUGCAAUACCGAAUUUGAAAAAAGAAAAAGAAAAAAGCAAAUGAGUAAGGAAGGAAAGGAAAAUAUAAGUAACAUAAACUAUAAUGAUAAUGAAAAGUUAAAUAUGUCUAAACAAAGAGAAACUGAGGCAAAUGGUAUUGAUCGAUCUAACCAACUGUUAAUCGCAUCAUAUGUUAAAAAUGGGGGUAUGAACAUGGGAAUAAAUAAGGGAAAAGAAAAAGGGCAUGAAGAUGGGACUGAACAUCAUCGUAAUUCUGAUGAAUUUUUUCAUAUUGCAAAGGGGAAAGCUAGUUGCAGAAUCAAACAAGAAACAAAAACAAAUGAAUAUUUCAAAAACAAUAAUGAUGAACGUAAUGGAGACUAUACUAAUUCCCAUAUACUUUAUGACAAUUUAAUUAAAAAUAACAAACUUGGAAAUGUAUUAAACAUGCAAAUGGAAAAGCUUACAUCAGAUAUUCAAAAUGAUCAAAAAAUGCGAGUAAGCGAUAAUGACGAAAUAAAAAAUAUGAAAAAUUAUAUUUUAGAGAAUAAUCUAAAUAAAAAUAAAUUUAUAGGUAAGGAAAGAAUUUGUUCUCAAGAAAAUAUAUCAAAUAUAUUUAAUCCGAAUUUUUCAGAAAAUGAGAAAAGCCUUGUAAAUGGUCCAAUUGGGCAAACUGAGCAAGCUAGCCAAAAUGAUAAAAAAAAAAAAAAAAAAAAAAAUGUAAAAAGCGAAAUACCACAAAAUAUAUAUCCAACAGUUAAACCAUAUGUGCAUGGUAACAGUAAAAAAAGUAAAGUAAUGAAUGAUAAAUCAUUAAAAGGGUUAGAAAUGUUAGACAACAUGAUUUAUUAUAUGAGAAUGAAUGAAUUAAAAAAUUUAAAUAAUUCUAAAUUUUUUAAUGACCUUAAUAUAAAAGAUAAGCAAAAUUUUUUUUCCAUAAUUUUGAAUAUGAAAAAUAAGCACAUGACGACGACUAGCGAUUCUAUUGAUAUAAAUCAAAAAGGUUAUGAAACCAAAUAUGAUAAUAUUUAUUCAAUGAACGACACCACCUCUAUAAAUAAUAAUGAAAAAAAAAAGAUUCAAAAAAAAAAGCAAGAUAAACUGUAUACUAGCAAAAAUAUGAAUAUCAUCCCUGGCUAUGCAAAUUCUAUGUGGAAGGAAAAUAAUUACGAUGAUUUCAAUUAUGACUAUAAAACUAUUCCCCAUUCUAAAAAUAUUUCUGAGAUGAUUGACAUGAGAGAUGAUGUUUGUAAUAAGUUGCAUGAGUAUCCUUUUAGCGAAUUCGAUCAUAAUGCAUACGAUGUUAAUUAUAGAAAUAACAUGUUCAAUGGUCAGAAAGAAAGGAACCAGAAUACGACAGAUUAUAACCAAGUUGAUCCAAUUAAUGCUAAUGAAAAUUUAAUGGGCCCUCCCAAUAUCUUAGAUUCCAAAUAUAACUUAAGAAAAAAAAAAAUGAGUAAAAAUUCUUCAUUACAUCGAAAAGAACAAGCAUAUAGCAAAAAUGAAAAUGAGGAAUCGAUAAUGGAUUUAAAUUUAAAUGGUGAGCAUUCAGGUUUUCCCUCUAAUCUUUUAUUAAAACCGGAGCAAAAAAAGGCAGAAAUUUAUAACAAUAGUAAUAGCAACAAUAAUAAUAGUAAUAGCAAUAGCAAUAGUAAUAUCAUUGGUGGCAUGCCACAAAAUAUGGAAAUGAUGCAAAAGCACAAUCUAUUACCUCUUGAUUAUUUGGGAAUGAGAAAGAGACAAAGAAUUAAAAAAAAAGAACCACUACAAAAAAAUUUUAAGAUUAAACCUGUGCCUAUAAGUCAAAUGGAUGAACAAAUAAACAGCGAAAGUAAUGGAGAAAUGAGUGAUAACAUAGGCAUGUCUACCACAAGCAAAUAUCCUAUACCUCCUAUUAAUAACAAAAAUAAUUAUUAUAAUGUUAAUAAUUUGAAUUAUAAAGAAUAUAAUAAUUCACAAUUGAUGGAUUUAAAUUUAGAGGAUCAAAUAAAAUUAACAGACAAUAUAUACAAAAAAUAUAAAAAAAAUGAUACUUUAAGUGAUAAUACGGAUGAUGAUAUUCAAAGUAAUUUAAAUCAAUUUAAAAAAAGGAAAAGGAAAAAGGAUAUAUAUGAAUUGAUAGGAGAUAAAUAUGAUCCUAAUAUGAAAUUGGAAUUUCAAAAUCGUGGAAUGGCGAUGACACAUGCAUACAAUGACAAUAAUCGUGAAAUGAAUAAACUGACACGGCAUCAUUCUUUAUUAUUACCUGAGGAAGAUGAAGAAGAUAGUAAUAGUGAAGAGAAUUGUACUAAAUCGGAUAGAUCUAAUUUCAGUGCUCCAACAAAUGGUAUCAAAAAUUACAAUAAUAGAAAUAAGGUCGGAAUGGAUAAGGUCGGAAUGGAUAAGGUCGGAAUAGAUAAAGAAUUGCCCAAGCUUAAAGAGUUUGUUAAUAUGAACAAAAAAAAAAAUAUGGAAUUAGAGCAAUUAUUAAAGUUACUACGUAAAAAUAAAAACAUCCAAAGUAACUAUAUUGAUUUUCCCCAAAAAAAAAAAAAAAAAAUAAUAGAAUCACAAGUAGCUAAUUCUGGUGAUGAAAACAAAAUGGGGGAAAAAAAAAAAAAAAAAAAAUGGGAAUACAAUUCAAGAAUAAAGGAAGCAAAUUAUUUAGAUUUUUUGCAGGAUUAUGUUGAAGCAGGGGAUUCCACUAGUGUGAGACAUAAAAACAGUAUAUACAAUAAUGGAGAUAUAAAACAAAAUGGUGUAAUAAAUAGGAAUAUAUAUAAUAAAAAAGUUAAUCAUAAUUCGGGUAGUCUCGAAGAAAGAAUGCAUAACAAUGAUAUAGACAAUCAUGAUAUGAAAGAUAGUUAUAUGAAACAUAUGUUACGUGAUUAUUUGAAAGGGUAUGCAAGCACGCUUAAAAAUACAGAUACAAAUAUAUUUAAAAGUGGCGCGUUACAUGAUGGGAAAAAAGAAGUUGCAAUCAAAAAAAAAAUGACUAUGGAUUCAGACCCCAAAUACAGUAACAUUAGUAGUAACAGCCAGACUACUCACAGUAGCAGUGGUAGAAGUAGCGAAAGUAGCGAAAGUGGUAAUCAUGAGAAGUAUAAUGGAAAUAAAAAUAAUGACAUUAAUAAUAAUAAUAAUAAUGUUGAAGAGCAAACUCAUUAUAACUAUGUAAAUAAACAUUUUCCUACUUUUAUACCACCUAAUGAUCGUAUGUUUAACCCAUUAAAUGCUCAUAGUAAUAAAAUUGGAGAGGCUACUAGUGGAAACAGUAAUGAAGUUAAUGUUGUUGGGAAUGGAAAAAUUCAUGAAAAAAAUAAUUACCCGAUAAAUAAACAACAAGAUCCGAAUAAUAAAUAUGAGAAGAAUGGAAAUAUGAAUUUAAUGGGGAAUCAAGCAACUUACAGUAUCAUAAAAUAUAAUUUAACAAAAAAUAAUUUAAUAAAUAAUGUACUUAGUGAUAUGAAAUCGAAUUUGUCUCAAAAAAAUAUAUUUAAAAAUAGCAGCAAUACUGCUCCUACUACUAAUAACAAUUAUCUCAAUAUAACUGAUGAAACUCAAAGCAUGCAAAACUUUCACAAAAAGCGAAGAAAAUUAUAG